AACUGUAUACUAUUGUGCGCAGUCUGUCAUGUCCACUGGAGUAUCGUCACGUUGGAAUAAAAGGACCCUGAAACAGAAUCUACUACGGGUUACGGAUCAGGUUAUGCUACAUUAUAUGGAUACUUGCCCUUAAGUUUACCUGUUUUUACUUACCCUUAAACAUACCCAGGUAUGUCACAUGACCUGCGUUCACCCCUGGACUGUUAUUCUAGAGCUCCGCCCCAAGACAAGCUUCAUUUCUUAAAAGAAAUCGAAACCUCGAAACGAACCGAGAAGAAGAAACGUCAAACUGUACGAGAAAAUCUGUUCAAGCAGAAUCUGACGCAAAAUGGAAGCCACUAUAAUGUUGGAUGCCCUUAAGGAGCUUACGAAAGAAGAGCUUGAAAACUUCAUUUGUUACCUGGGUGAAGAUGUGGCAGAAGACAUCGAGCCUAUUCCUCGAGAAAUCCUGGAUGGAGCUGAUCGUCUGCAUGUGGUGGACUGCAUGGUAAACCAGUACAGUGAUGAUGCUGGGAAGAUCACAGCCAAAGUGCUGCGCCUCAUGAAACAAAAUAAUCUCGCAAAACUCCUUGAGUCAAAACUUCGGGAAGGUCAGCCGCCUGUGCAGGAGAAAUCAAGACGCGCUGCAGAGCCUGUGGAGCUCAACCAGUCUGAUGGGAAACCUCGCUGCAUGACUCCAUCCAGCCAAGAGUUUAAAUGCAAAAAACUUCAAAAAUUGGGAGAUUAUAUUUAUAAACCAGCAAGUUCUCAGAGGAAAGGCUCAGCUCUGCUGAUCACCAACAUUACAUUUCACUAUAAAGAGUACAACAGGGAUGGAGCAGAGAGAGAUGAGGAGAACAUGGAGUGGCUGCUGAGAGCUCUGGGUUAUAAUGUUGUGAAACACAGAAAUCUCUCUGGAAAGAAAAUAGAUGGAGAAGUCAGAAACUUCUCUAAACUUCUCUCUGAACAUCGAGAAGCAGACAGCACCUUUGUGGUCAUCAUGUCACAUGGGGCAAGAAUUGAAAAUAGAGAUGCCAUUUUAGGUGUCCUUUAUCAUGAAGAGAAAAACCCUGAAGAUGUCUACUAUGUUGAUGAGACCUUCUCUCGUCUGAACUCAGUCAACUGUCCCGCUCUGAUUGAUAAACCGAAGGUUAUUCUCAUUCAGGCCUGCAGAGGAGGUCACUCAGGAGGUGUGGAAUUUCGUGACCAAGUGCCUGAAUCUAACCCCUGGGUUCAUAGGGAGAAAGACUUUGUCUGCUUCAUGUCCACCCUUCCUGAUACUGCAGCUUACAGGAAUAGUGAAACUGGAAGUCAUUUUAUCAAUUACAUACUCAAUGUUUUCUGUGAAUGGGCUCAUCAAGAUGAAAUUAUGGAGUUAUUCAGGAAGGUCACUAAUGACAUGGCGACACGCCCAGGAAGAACGAAAGACAAACUCUUGCCGUGUCUAGAAAGAACCUCCCUUACGAAGAAGUUCUACCUGUUCCCUGGGCUCUGAUGCACAGCUUAAACCAAAACUUUACAUUUCAUUCAUUCAUUCAUUCACACACACACACACACACACACACACAUACACAGAUAUAUUCAGAAAUUUUACUUUUUGACUUAAUCUCUGGAAAAUUUUUGUUGCUGCCUUAAUUUUUUAAUCCUAGUUAUCAGACAGGCCUUGUAAAACUUCCCAUGUCCAGUUGACUAAAAGUUAAUCUUAAAUCAACAAGAACGCAUACUUUUUUUUAUUU